GUAGUCUAUUAUGCAAAUCACUUUCUCUUUCAAGGAAGUUCAGCGUUUCAUAGGGACUGGAUUUAUUUGAUUUAGCCUUCACUCUGCAACUAUUUUUCAUGAAGUAGGCUGUUCGAUUGUCUUCGAUAAUAAAGGUCGCAUGCGAGCACACAUGGUCUAACAAGGCCACUUUGGAUAAACUUGGUAAAUAGCCGUUUUCAAAGUUUCUGUCUGGGCGUAAUUCUUCGCAGCAAGAUGUCUAUACACAAUACCUCCACAUCAUACAGGACCGUCAGCGUCUCGUCGGACCCGGCCACCACAGUUCUAUCCUCGGGCCAAUACAUCGACGGUUACAGAACUAUGAGUGUUUCGCCUGCUCCGGUACAGUAUGGUAUCGGUAAUGGCUACGAGACCGUGCGCUACCUGAUGCCCGUACAGCAGCCGAUGCAGCAGCAGCAGAUGCAGUACGUACUGGUCAACCAGGCCCCUCAGGUUAUGCAGCAAAUGGUGUCACCUGUAUAUUUGCAGAAUAUGCAGAGGGUCAGCGUGAGUAGUUUGGAAGAAUCUGACAUCUACCGACAACAAAAUGUAGAGAAUAUCGAUGGCAAAACUCCUUCUGUCUUCAGCCAGACAUCUAGCUCCAUCAAGAGCCCUGAGCCUGGUGUCGGAGAGGAGGAGGAGGAAGAGGAAGAGGAGGAGGAGGAAGAAGAGGAGGAGGAGGAGGUGGAGGUAGAAGAGGACAGUGUGGAGGAGAGGAUGGUGGAGAGGGUGAGAGAGAACGUGUCUCAGGUGAAGAUGAAGUGCAAGGUGAGAGAGGUACAACCACUGGUGAAGAUGGACACACGUUUCUUUGGAGAGCUGCUGGCGGAGGUUUAUAGGAAGAACUGUGACAUCCACACGUGCAUCUCAGAACACGUGGCCAAGAUACGCGGACGGAAACACCUCCUGGACCCCAGCAACGACUACAAGAUGGAGAGAGAGGACAUCGAGGCCUUGAUCCCCAAAGGAGCAUCUGAACUGACCAAACAGCAGAUCCGUUACCUGCUGCAGACCCGUAUGACAGCUGACAAGACAAUGCGUCUCCUGCUGACCACCUUCAGCAGCCUGAGGGAGGAGCUGAUCCACAUGUCAGAGGACCUGAGGCGUCUGGAGAGUGAGAAGGAGACCCUGGAGAGAGACUUAAGCUUCAAGGCUGACCAGGCUGAGCAGUAUGACCGCCUCCUAGAGGCCGUACGAGAGAACAACAGACAGCUACAGAUAUCUCUGAAGGAGAGCAGCUCCAGCCAGCGGACCCUGGAGACUCAGAUCCUGAGCAGCCACAGUACAGACUCAGGCAGGGAGUUCCGCAUCAGAGAACUGGAGGGCAGCUACCGAGCCCUGGAGAAGGAGAACGAGAUGCUCAAACAGAAGCUGGCCGGUCAGUGCAGCAGUAGCACCAUUCAGUUUAAGACAGAAGAGCUGUCACGUCAGUACUCGGAGCAGCUAGCUGCUCUGCGCCAGGAGAAGGACAAGGAACUGCAGAGCCUCAGGACCCAGCUGACACGGAUCACCACGGAGUACACCACGGAGAGAUCAGGUGACAAGAGCCUGCAGCUCCGCAUCACACAGCUGCUGACAACACUGGAGCAGCGGGAGAUCGUCAUCAAACGUCAGGAAGAGGAGAUCUGGCGGCUGCAGCAGAAGAAGAGCGACAGUGCCAAGAAUGUCACCACAACCACUAUCACCAAAAGGUACAGUAACCAGUACCCCCUCCUGGGCCUGCUGAGUGAUGACUUCCAAUCUACAUUGCCCGUCAAGGAUGCCAAGACCAUCGUCAUCGAGAGCCGGACAGGGGAGAUUAUCAAACAGGUAGAGUAGAGCAGGAAUGAACGACAAGAAGACCCUGAUGUUCCCCCUCCCUCCCACACUCCGUCCGUCCCUCCCCUUCUCCCCCUGCAGCUGCCGUCUCCCUCAUCCUCAGGGCUGCCAGGGUGGUGGUGGUGGUAGGGUCAACACCCCUAUAUUUGGGAUGAGUGGUUUGGAACAAAUGGGGUUGCUUAGAUGAGAGGCUUCACUUUGGUUGGGAUAGGGACACCAAAUACUCAACGACCAAAUAUGUUAUAGUAGAAGCUUUUGCUACAGCCACGAGGGCUGGGGAGGGGACAGGGAAGAGGGGGUUGGUAAUUAUUAGUGUGCAGCGAUCUAGUCCUCUGUCCUCCAUGGAGCCAGCACUACCCUGCUAAUCUUGGGGACAACUCCUCUAAAGGCGUUAUGGUUACUUUGCAUGUAAAUAAGUUAGCUAAAUAUGCUUUAAUUAUGCGCUAAUUAAAAAGACUAAGACUAAGAAUAAAAAUGGCAACCUCUGUUCUGGUGUUUUGCUAUUCUUUUGGGGCAAGGUAAUGGUACAUAACUGUGAUAUGUAUUAGAUUAAUUUUGUUUCAUGUUUAAACCUUAAGAGGUGCAUGGGUUUGUUUUGAUUGAGGGGUUAUCUGAAUGGAAUGCUGUGCUUGGGGUUGGGGGUUGGAGUGGGUGUAUGAGAAUAUGAAUGACAGGGUUGGACAUGGACUGGUGCAUGGUUCUAUGGGUAAUAUACCAUAGUGGCUGACCUGGUCAUUUUAGAAGCACAAUAAACACUGUAUGGAGUACUAUGUUUUUCCUUCAAUUGUUAUCUGCUGAAGUUCUCUUUAAUGUGCUCUCACAUUUAAAGUCAGCCUGUUCUUUUCUAUUUAGGCCUUUAACCUCUGCUUUUUGCAACUGUGAUUAAAAUGUACAAUUUAACGUCA